CAGCCAACUUUUUGCGACUUCUCGCGCAACAUUUGAGCCCGCAAUCGAGCGCGCAUUCCUGCCCCGAUCAGAACAGCUGCCUGCGCGCCUUUGCACAUUCACACCCGAGUCUCCACCGCUCGACGGGUGCACCACCACACACCAGUUGUCGUCGGCGUCGACGCGCCCCGCAGCCAUGGACGAGCUGUUCGACGUCUUCGAAGACGGCCCGCAGGCGGCAAAGGCCACUGCGCCCAAGUCCAAGCCCAAGCAGACGAAGAAGCGCCAGGCAAAUGGCGAGGUCAAAUCGCCCGUGCCCGACGCGUCCAUGCAAGACGCGCCCGCGCCUGCAGACGAACAAGCUACCUACCAGAAACGUCUGAAGCGCGACCUCGAGCCCGAGCCCGUCGUGACUGAUGCCUUCGAGACGGAGCAGUCGCGCGAGGUCGCAGCCUCGGCAGGCCUCCAGGGCCAGACACAGCAGGACGGACAGGCCGUCGUGCUCUCACAUCAGGUUCGCCAUCAGGUCGCCCUACCGCCCGACUACGACUACGUUCCCAUAUCCGAGCACAAGCCGCCCGAGGAGCCUGCACGGACAUGGCCUUUCACUCUCGAUCCUUUCCAGCAGGUCUCUAUCGCGUCGAUACAACGAGGCGAGAGUGUCUUGGUCUCGGCGCAUACGUCCGCGGGAAAGACCGUAGUGGCAGAGUAUGCCAUCGCACAGUGCCUCAAGAAUAACCAGCGUGUCAUUUACACGAGUCCAAUCAAGGCCCUGAGCAACCAGAAAUAUCGAGAGUUCACAGCCGAGUUUGGCGAUGUCGGUUUGAUGACGGGCGAUGUCACCAUCAACCCCACCGCAACCUGUCUGGUCAUGACUACUGAGAUUCUUCGUUCCAUGUUGUACAGAGGCUCGGAAAUCAUGCGCGAGGUGGCAUGGGUCGUUUUCGACGAGGUGCAUUACCUGCGCGACAAGUCGCGCGGUGUGGUGUGGGAGGAGACCAUCAUUCUGCUCCCGGACAAAGUUCGCUACGUCUUUCUGUCCGCCACCAUCCCUAACGCUAUGCAAUUCGCGGAAUGGAUCACCAAGACUCACAAACAACCGUGUCACGUUGUUUAUACCGAUUUCCGCCCGACCCCGCUGCAGCACUACUUUUUCCCAGAAGGCGCCGAUGGCAUACAUUUGAUCGUCGAUGAAAAGGGAGCUUUCCGCGAGGAGAAUUUCCAGAAAGCCAUGGCUUCCAUUGCGGAUAAGGCUGGCACCGCUGCAGAUGACUUCCUGGCCAAGAGGAAAGGAAAAGGCAAGGACAAAAAGACGAACAAAGGCGGCAACAAGGACCAGUCUGAUAUCUACAAGAUCGUCAAGAUGAUCAUGCUGAAGAACUACAACCCAGUCAUUGUGUUCAGCUUCAGCAAGCGAGAAUGCGAAAACUAUGCUCUGGCUAUGAGCCAGCUUGCCUUCAAUGACGAAUCAGAAAAAGCAAUGGUGUCCAAGGUCUUCAACAGCGCUAUUGAGAUGCUUUCUGAAGAAGACCGCUCCCUUGCACAGAUUCAGAACAUUCUCCCACUCUUGAGGCGCGGCAUUGGUGUUCAUCAUUCUGGAUUGUUGCCUAUCCUGAAGGAGACCAUCGAGAUUCUAUUCCAGGAAGGAUUGAUCAAAGUACUCUUCGCGACAGAGACCUUUUCAAUCGGCUUGAACAUGCCGGCCAAGACUGUUGUCUUCACCAGUGUGCGAAAAUUCGACGGUGUCUCACAGCGGUGGGUCACGCCGUCCGAGUUCAUCCAGAUGUCUGGUCGUGCUGGUCGCCGUGGUCUCGAUGAACGUGGUAUCGUCAUUAUGAUGAUAAACGAGCAAAUGGAGCCCGCCGUUGCCAAAGAAAUUGUCCGCGGUCAGCAGGAUAAUCUCAACUCGGCUUUCCACCUUGGCUACAACAUGGUUCUCAACUUACUUAGAGUCGAGGGCAUUUCUCCAGAGUUCAUGUUGGAGCGUUGCUUCUCACAGUUCCAGAACACUGCGAGCGUCAGCAACUUGGAAAAGAAGUUGCGAGAGCUUGAGAACGAGCGCGAGAACAUGGCCAUCACUGAUGAGACCGCCAUUCGCGAUUACUACAACCUGCGAGAACAGCUCGACAAUCUGACCAAGGAAAUGCGGGACGUCAUACAGCAUCCUAAAAAUUGCUUGCAAUUCCUGCAACCUGGACGUCUUGUUAGGAUUAAGUACAACCAGCAUGAUUUCGGGUGGGGAGCCGUUGUUAAUGUCACAGCCCGCAAACCUGAAAGGGGCGAGAAGUUCCGCGACCAGGAGUCAUAUGUCUUGGACUGCGCGCUCGUUGUAGCCAGCGAUACAAAAUAUGUGCCAUACAGCAACAAUGGCCUGCCUCCUGGCGUCUUGCCGCCCCCUGUUGGCGACAAAGGAAAGGUCGAAUCUGUACCAGUGCUCUUAUCGGCAAUGGAGUCCAUCGGCCACCUUCGCUUGUUCCUCCCGAAGGAGAUCAAAACUACCGAGAACAAGGUCCAUGUUCAAAAAGCGUUGGAUGAAGUCAAGAAGCGCUUCCCCGACGGUAUCGCAAUUUUGGAUCCCAUUGAAAACAUGAAGAUCACUGACGAAGUUUUCAAGCGAACACUGCGGAAAAUCGAAGUCCUAGAAUCGCGAUUGCUCUCCAACCCGCUGCACAACUCACCACGGUUGCUAGAGCUUUACAAUCAAUACGCAAAAAAGAUUGCGAUCGGUGACAAGAUUAAAGCGCUCAAGAAGGAAAUUUCGGCUGCCCUUUCUAUCAUUCACAUGGAUGAGUUGAACGCCCGCAAACGCGUUCUACGUCGUUUGGGUUUUAUCAAGGACGGAGAUGUCGUUCAGCUUAAAGCGCGAGUUGCAUGCGAAAUCAGCACUGGCGACGAGAUUGUGUUGAGCGAGUUGCUCUUUGAAAAGGAAUUCAACAAGCUGACUCCCGAACAAUGCGCAGCCUGUCUGAGCUGUUUCAUCUUCGAAGAGAAGAGCAAAGAGUCGCCAUCCCUGAGAGAGGAUCUCGCCGAACCGUUCCGAAAAAUCCAAAAGAAAGCCCGGGAUAUUGUCAAAGUCUCGCAGGACGCCAAGAUGCCUUUGAACGAGGAUGAAUACGUCCAGUCGUUCAAGUGUGAACUCAUGGAGGUUGUAUACCAAUGGUGCAAGGGUGCAUCGUUUGCUGAGAUCUGCAAAAUGACAGAUGUCUACGAGGGCAGUCUCAUCCGUCUCUUCAGACGCCUGGAAGAACUACUCCGACAAGUAGCACAGGCCGCCAAGGUCAUGGGCAGCGAAGAGCUUGAGCAGAAGUUUACGGCAGCGCUCGAGCUGGUGAGGAGAGAUCUCGUCGCCGCGCAAUCCUUGUAUCUCUAGCUUCAGGUAAGUCAGCAUCAUCUUAGGAGUUGUUAGGAAAACAAUGGGUUGGCGCUACUUCAUGGCCAAGCUUGUGACAUCGUGUCUUGUGCACGACGUCAGCAUGCAUGGAAAUGGGGAAGCAUCGGCGUUCGGGUUCAUGGAGAGCCACGGCCGGACUGCGUCCUGGAUAGAAAUUCACUAGAUCUGCG